GCUUAAAGCUGUUUCGUUACCAGCCACCAGGCACUACCAGCCACAUAGCCCAGCAACGUAAAGGGAGGCCCACCUAACCCCACCCAACGAAAGAAAGAAAUGUGGUAUGUGGCAGCAACCGGCAAAGCACAACCUAUCCAUCCAUCUAUCUAUCUAUCUCUUUCAGCUACCUUCUUCAUCCAUCCAUCCAUCCAUCUAUCCAACACUUGCCUGUUGAACGGGAGCAGGCCGCCUGUUUGCCUGUCUGCCAGCCUGACAGCUAGCACUCCCCCUUCUAACCACUCCUUACCUUUCGCUUCACCUAUCUGUUCGUCUGUUCGUCAGUCCGACUAACUACCAGCAUCUCCUGGCAGACUGUCUGUCUGUCGGUAUGUAUGUCUAUCUGUCUGUCUAUCUAUCAGUUAGGCAGUCUGUCUGUCUGUUAGUCUGACUGCCCAAGUUCGUCUAAAAAUAUUAGUUUAUAUAUCAUUACAUGCAGUGUGCUUUAAUGUGUGUGAAUGAGUGAGAACUAAGAAACGAACGAAGGAGCGAGCGAGCGAGCGAACGAACGAAAGAACGAGCGAAAAGUCCUCCAAAUCCGCUACUACUGCUAUGAAGAACAACAAAAACAAAAACCAGAGAAACUGUUUAGAAAAACAACAACGAAACGAAAGGGAAAAUAUAAACGAAAAGAGAAUAGAAUACGAGAAAACGCGACGGCAUUUUAAUGUUUGCAUGAUAUCUUCCCUAAAACAAGACUUUUUGUAUUAUUCACAUCUUCCUCACAGCUUCCCUUGUUAUUUUUCUCCUUCUUCUUCUUCUGCCUUACCCGCUUCGCGAAAGAUUGACAGAUUGAAAGAAAGGGAGAGAUAGGGAACAAACGUGAGAGAUAGAGUGCGUGAAAGAGAGAGAGAGAGAGAGAGAGAGAGAGAGAAAGAGCGAAAGAGGAAGACACACUGAACAUGAUGCAAAAGAAAACACACAUUUAGAAAGAGAGACAGGAAAAUGGAGUAAAAUAUAUAUUUGAGAGAGACAGAGAUUGAAAGAAAUAGACAGAAAGAAAAGGCCUUCGUGUUUGUCCAUUUUUUUCUUUCUUUCUUCUCUCUGUUUACACACGUUUCUGAGAUGUGGUCACUGGCUUGAUUUGGUCCCUGUGCAUCUAUCUCUCUCACUCUGUAUUAUAUUAUAUCAUAUUACAAUUAUUACAAUUAUUGUUACCAAACAGAAAAAAAAAAUCAAUCGAAAUGGAUCUAUAUUUUCGGAUAAUGUUAUAAAAAGACAUACCACAAACAAAAAUAUACACAGAAAAUAAAGGAAGCUAACUGCUGACUUCUUGACACUCACAGAAAACGAAAAUAAACACAAGAAUAUUCGCACGAAUAUUCAAAGUAUUCAAUGACAUAAGUAAUAAAAAAAGACAGACCGAUCGGUCAGCGGUUUAUUUGGCGAUUUCUCUCUUAUAAUUCCGUGAACCAAACACAAAAUGACUUCAUAUUUACGGUCGUAUCCCUCCGUAGAUUUAACAUCGGCUGGUUUAUCUUAUCCUUCCUAUGACCGAUCGUACGGCAGUCUUGCCAGCAGCAGGAACUAUGGCUCUUCAUACGAUCUGCCGUCCGGUAAGAGUUAUGGUUCUUCACCAGGGGGUUAUGGAUAUGGUUCAAGCUCUGGGCUCGGUUCAUCUUCAUACAGUUCGUCGACGCGAAGCCAGCCGUCCCGAAACUACGGCUCCACUAUUCGGGAUAAGGUGAUGAAAUUUUCCGGAGGAGCUGGCGAUUAUGGAACCGGCUCCUCUGGGACAACUGAUCGUUAUCCGUCUUUAGAUCGCAGUAUGAGUUAUUCUUUAAAGAGUUCCAGUUCAGAUCCGUAUGGAAAAUCAGGUUAUAUGUCCGACUAUGGAGGAAGCACUCGUUCAACAUAUAAUUCAUGGGACCGAAGUUCUAGUCGUUCUGGAAGGAACUAUGGCGCGGUUCCUCCCAGUCGAGAGGGAUCACCAUAUAGUAACAGAUCUUCCAGAUACGACUACAGCGGCAGUGCCUCCCCAUAUUCCACAUAUUCCUCAUAUCGUUCAGACAAAUCUCCGUCCACACGUAAACUGGAACGACAGGUUUCAGCUCCUCUCGACUUCGGUACAGAUUACAGACGUCGGAGCCGUUCGAGUAUCGACUACUCAAGCAGCCGAGACUACGGAAAAGAUUACCCGCGAAGAUCAGGGAGGUGUUUAGAAGUUAGUGCCCCGCCAUCCAUUCGCAGCAGUCGGCGGGCAGCAGAAUCGUCUGUGACCACAAGAUAUCGCAGCAAACGCGACGCCAGAAGUGAUUCCGAAGACAGUCUACCAGAAGCUGAAAAAAAUACUCGUGAUUUCAGAUACUUAGUAUGCAGAGGUACAUCACCACGACCAGAAAUCACACGAGAUUCAAACAGAAAAGACGCCAUAUCGAAAACGAAACGGAUCAAAAUCCCGAAAAAGGAAGUGCGUCGCGAGACUUACAGACGGUUUCGUAUCAGUGAACAGUUGACGAAGGAUAUCGGUACACAGACAUCUCCAGGCGGAGAACAGGAGCUGAGCCAAACGAGAAGAGCACGUCUAGCGAGAGAGCGAGGAGAAGCCGGAGGAGACGGUGGGGGAGGGGGAGGAGGCGAAGAGGACUGA